AUGUCUGCAAACAAUAUCCUUGUGACUGGAGUCUCAGGCUAUCUGGGCGGGACUCUCCUCCAUCGCUUGAAACAAGCUGAACUUCCAGCUUACAACACCCUCUACGCCUUGGUCAGAACAGAGUCUCAAGCUCAAGCCGUGAAAGACUAUGGUGCUCAGCCUCUGAAUUUUGAUUCCUACAACGCCAAAGCGGUUGAGGAAGCUGUGCUGAAACACGAGAUCAACAUCGUCUUCGCACUUCACGAUGCAAUCAAAGCUGGGGCUCGAGUCAACUUCAUCAAAGCACUUUCGCAGCUGAAAGAGAAGAAUGGGGCAGAGGUGCAUCUCUUACAUACUAGCGGAGCCAAAUCAAUCUCAUCGCACGUCAAUGCACCCGUCAAUGAACCAUUCUCUGAUCUCGGUCAAAAUGUCUAUACAAUCCAGAAGCAUACAGAUCCUGGAAGCUCAAUGUUGUCUCAGCUCGUACAAACAAACAACACUGUGACCGAGCUCAGCGAGUUCCUUGGCGUCCGCAGCUAUGUUGUUAUGCCGUGCAUUGUUUAUGGGAAGGGCGAAGGCUUCGGUAACCAGAUCUCCAUACAGACACCCGCUAUAGUGAAUGCCGCAAAAGCAGCAAAGAAAGUCUACAGAGUGAACUCAGAUCGUCCUCUCUGGCCGGUCUGUCAUGUCGGCGACAACGCUAACCUAUACAUUCAGAUCCUUCGCAACAUCCUCUCAGGUAAAGCACAAGGUUAUGGGAAAGAAGGAUACUAUCUUGCAUCUCCUGGUAGCGUGGCUUGGGAUGACAUCUAUGCUCGUAUGGCCGAAACGCUAUAUGAGCGUGGUAUUAUUACGGACUCUCAGAUUCAAACGGCCGACGAUGCUGCACUUGAGCAAAUGGCUGCUGGGCUUGGUUGCGAUAAGAAUGUCGUGGCUCUCCAACUAGGUGGAAGAUGCAUGCUCAUCGCAGAGCACGGAAGGAAGAUAGGCUGGCAGCCACGGUAUCCUGCCGAGCAUAUCUUGGACGCUCUUGCGGGCGAGGUAGACUUGAUCUUGGAACGCCAAGGCAGAGUUUGA